AUGGCAGGAGGCUGGGGGAAAAGUCUUAUGAGUCAAGUUGCCGGUAAAGGCAAGAGCUUAAUGAAAGCCUCGAGCGGGAAGGGGGACAAUCCGGAAGAUCCGGCUCGCAUUGAAGACCGAGAUGUCCUUGCUUCCGCCCGUAGAAGAAAGCAGUUAGCUCGAGAAGCAGCGUUACAGCGGGAAGAAGAGAGACUGAGACGAGAAGCUGUUGCAGCUGGAGCCGGACCCUGUGGACCUACACGCGACCUCCAGCUAGCUCGUAGUACAUUGCCACAUGCCGACGACGAUGAUGACCACAACAACAAUCCCGAUAAUGUGGAUACUGACGAGGAGAUGGAGGAAGAUGAUGAGCCAGCAGAUGUAUAUCAGGAUCGUAGAGGUGGUCGUGCCUUACCCUUUCCGCAGCUGCCUGGUCCGGCGUACUUGGAGGGUCCGUGCGAGGGAGGGCCACAAAAUUACGAGUUUAUGCGAUGGUUCAAGUCGCAUAUAGCGAUGUACAUUUGGGAAGGAUAUGAGCGCCGUGAAACUACACGGUGCGAGUCGAGGACCAAAGCACUCGAGGACUACCGCGGCCCGCAGGAUAACACGAUGAUUGCGAGGCUGGAGGCAACAGGUCUUUACCACUUACGAGACUGUUUUCUGAAGAGGAUGAACAAGAACCUCAUGCUAGCUUUCGUGGAGAGGUGGCAGCCGGAGACGAACAGUUUCCACAUGCCAUGGGGCGAGAUGACGAUCACGCUCCACGAUGUCGCUUUCAUCCUGGCGUUGCGGCUGGACGGACCGCCAGUGUCUGAAAUUCGCUCGGUAGAAGAGUGCUCACAAAGUCUUGCAUCUGUAUUGGGUGUCGGUCUGAUGGACACCAAUGAGAUGUUUCGAAACAAGGGAGUUGGUUGGGUUAAGGUGAGAGAUCAGUUGACCCUUCCCUCCACCACAGAUGAGAAGAAGAUGAAGGGCUACUUGAUGUUUCUGCUUGGGUCUGUUUUGUUUGUAGACAAAACAACGUGUAACAUGAAGCCGUGGUGGAUCCAUUUUACCAACGAUCUCGAUAAUGUCGGCAAGUAUUCGUGGGCUUCGGCAUGCUUAGCAAACAUGUACCGCCAAUUGGGUAUUGCCACCCGCGCUGGGAUGAACAAUCUCUGUGGAUGUGUUAUUCUCCUUCUGUGCUGGAUCUUUGAGUAUUUCCCCUGCUUUCGACCACCUCUUUCCCGUUCAUAUGCCGAGUUUGAGCCUCGAUGCAGAAGGUGGGCCCAUGGUGGAGGCAAUAAAACCACGCUGCAGGAAUACCGGAAAAAACUCGACGCCAUGACCGAAAGAGAUGUUUGUUGGACCCCGUAUGGUACCGGUGCACAUUACUUGCAUCCUCGGAGCAUGUAUUACGGCACGAUACAGUUCAUGGAUAUAGUGGAGCCGUACAUGCCCGACCGAGCGUUGCGGCAGUUUGGAAGAAACGAGUACGCCAACUUCAUUGACCUGUCGCAAUACCGUGAAGCCUGGCUACCGGAAACAGUUGCCGAGGAGUACAUGAUGUGGUACAUCGAGCGGACGCACCGGUUCAUUAGCAACCCUGAUAGAGUUCCGCCUGCAGAACGGGUUGUUGCUGCGGUGCCGCCAGACCAGCCAUUCGCCAACGACAUAGCUCGGCUCCUAGUUCCGAUCGUGUUCGGUUUGACUAGUGACGACGCAGCAGAGGCAUUCCUGAGCAUUCAGCCGCAGUUGAGGGACUUGUUGACGCCACAUGCCCACUAUUUGCGUCUCUUACCUAGGAGGGGUCGCGGGGGAGGUCCGAGGACUCGGGGUCGGGGGUCGAGGAGUGGACAGUAG